AUGUUUCCCCUAUGGCUACGGGAGCUGGAGGAACCACUGGUGCCCGCGGGGCUGUACCCAGACUGCGUGCGGCUCUGCGAUGACCCGGCCGGUGCCAUCGCCCUGGUGCAGCUGCUGCCCGACCUCAACCGCCUGGUCCUGGGGCACUUAGUACACUUCCUGCAGGUAUUUGCCCAGCCAGUCAACGUUGGCAGGACCAAGAUGGACGUGAACAACCUGGCCAUGGUGAUGGCUCCCAACUGCCUGCGCUGCAGCUCGGAUGAGCCGCGGGUCAUCCUGGAGAACACCCGGCGCGAGAUGGCCUUCCUGCGCCUCCUCAUCGUCCACCUGGACACCACCUUCCUGAGGGACGUGCUCUGA